AUGCCCCUCCUUCAUUUGCCGAAUGAAAUUCUGCGAUUUAUCGCGGAGGAGCUGGAAGCAGCGAGCGAUGUGAAUGCUUUUGCUCAAACGAAUAUUCGUCUUCACAGUCUCCUCAAUACUUAUCUUUAUCUCUACGACGUGCAACGGCUUGGGAGUUCUGCAUUACUCUGGGCCACAAAGCAUGGACAGGCGGCAACGACUCAAAAGUCACUACAAGAAGGGGCUCAUAUUCAAUCCAUGUUUGAAUUUAAUCAGACUCCAUUGGCGCUUGCGGCAGAAAACGGUCAUGAUGUGGUGGUCAACAUCCUACUGGCCACUGGGAAAAUUAACCCCGACUCCAAGGAUUCUUUCGCACGGACACCAUUGUCGUUGGCAGCGUGGAAGGGACAUCUCGCGGUGGUCAGCUCGCUACUUAAUACUGAGAACGUUGACCCAGAUUCAAGAGAUUAUCAAGGACAAACACCAUUAUCGUGGGCAGCGGAGUAUGGGCAUGAGAUGGUGGUCAAGCUGCUAGUUGCCACCGAGGGCGUUGACCCUAACUCGAAGGAUUGCAAUGGAAGGACCCCUCUAUUUCGCGCUGCUGAGAAUGGACGUGAGGCUGUAGUCAAGUUACUUCUCGCCACAGAGCACGUUGACCCAGACUGCAAAGAUCUCUUUGGAUGGACACCGCUAGCAUUGGCAUCAUACCGUGGACAUGAGGCAGUGGUUAAUCUGUUGCUUGCCACGAAGUGUGUUGAGCCAGAUUCUAGUAAUUAUCUCAACCGCACUCCGCUAUCACUGGCAGCACAGAGUGGACACGAGGCUAUCGUCAGGAUAUUGCUUGCUACGGAUAAUGUGAACCCAGGCUACAAGGAUUCUAGUGGGCGGACGCCGCUGUCGCAUGCAGCAGAGAAGGGGAAUGUGGCUGUAGUUCAGCUGUUACUUAUCACGGAGGGUGUUGAUCCGUAUACCAAAGAUCUUUUCAAGCGCACGCCGUUAUCAUUAGCGGUACAAAAGGGACACAAAGUAGUCGUUAGAUCACUUCAGAUACACAGUCUGUCGGGUCAAAGUACUCUCUGA